AUGUGUCCUCCCUCCCCCACCCCCCAACCCAGGGGCGGUUACCACUCCCUGGAGGGCGCUGGCGACUUCAGCAUAUCCAACCCUUACCGCUACCAGUUCCGGUCGGCGCGACUGGAGAAGUUCCUACAGGAGCACCGGAGUCUUCAGGAGCAUCUCUACCGCUCCAAAGGCUCUCGGGACGGCGUCAUCCGAGCUGGGUCCUCCUCCAGACUCCCGACGUACCUGGGCAGCCUGGACACCGCGAGAGGAACGUCCCACUACGGCGAGCCUUCUUCCACUUGCUCGUCGCCGUAUCUGGACGUCGAGCUGGGCGUCCCGCAGACCCGAGGCUUGGCGCACGAGCCCCUCGUGGGCCUGGGCAGCCUAGGGCACAGAGACGCCCACAGGGAACUCAGGCAGAGCCGGUCGCUCUCUUCCGCCGACCCUCUCAUCGACAGCCUGUCGAGCAGGACCCUCGCGACGCCGGACUCCAUCAUGGACGUGCUGCAGGGGCGGUCCCUCAGUCCGACUGAAACGGUGAUCGACGUGGUGCGGGGCAGAGCGCUCGGUCCCACGGAGUCCGUCGUGGACGUCAUCAAGGGGAGGCCCCUGGGCUCGUCCGAAUCCAUGAGGGAGGUGACGAAGGGGAGGGCGUUAGACACCAACGAGGUCAUCAGGGACGCGAUCCACAGACGGUCUCUGGACCGCGGCGACGCCAUGGUGGACGCCAUGCACAGACGCUCCAUGGACCGGGGCGAGUCGGUGGUGGAGAUGAUGCAGUCGCGGUCCCUGGCGCAGAACGACGCCAUCGCCGACGUGAUGCAGCGGUCCCUGGACAGGGGGGACGCCAUGGUGGACGCGCUCCACAGACGCUCGUUCGACCACAGCGACGCCGUGGUGGACGCGAUCCACAGAAGAUCCCUGGACCGCGGAGAGUCCGUCGCCGACGUGAUCCACGCGCGGUCCCUCGCUCAGGGCGACUCCAUCUCCGACGUGAUCCCCGGAGACACCCAGAGGCAACCCGAGCCCCUCAGGUCCAUCUUGAAGAACAGGUACGAGGGCGGAGGACUGCUCUACCAGGGACAGUACUCCAACAGUGCCUACGCAGACGAGCGGAAGGGGUUGGCCGACACUGCCUAUAGUCCACCGGAUUAUAAAGAUUACCUUGAUUCUUGAGGGUUGGUGGAAUACCUAAACGAUAUCACGAAUUUUUUAUAAAGCAGUUUUUUCUCUUGUUGUGGUUGAACUUUAGAUCUCUUCUCGUUCGAGUAACUUACUCUUGCUCCAAAAAUAUGGUGUCGUAAUGUAACUCUUCCUUUCUUUCUUGUUGUAAGUAACUGACAGUUGAAUAGACUCUAAAAAAACA